GAUAAGAGAUGCACAACAGAGCUCAACCACCGUCUGACCUCUCCAUCCUCUCGAGCACACAUCUCCACACAGCACUACCAUGAGUCUGAGAAGCAAGUCCAUCAGCCGCCCAGGACCGCACAUGUCCGCAGGGGGCUUCAGCAGCAUGUCCAUGGGAUCCUACUCAAUCCCCAAGAUCAGCACUGGAAUUAACCAGAGGGCCCCGAUUACAGCUGUGACCAUCAACAAGAGCCUGCUCACCCCACUUAACAUAGACAUCGACCCCGCCAUCCAAGCUGUCCGCACCCAGGAGAAAGAGCAGAUCAAGAGUCUCAACAACCGCUUUGCCUCAUUCAUUGAUAAGGUAAGAUUCCUGGAACAGCAGAACAAAAUGCUGGAGACCAAGUGGAAACUGCUGCAGGGACAGACUGCCUCCUCCUCUAGCAUUGAGCCCAUGCUGAAGUCCUACAUCUCCAACCUGCAAAGACAGCUGGAGUUUCUCAACAAUGACAAACAUCGGCUUGACAUGGAGAACGAUGUCAUGCACAAAAACGUGGAUGACUACAAGACAAAGUACGAGCAAGAAAUCAACAAGCGGAAUGAAGCAGAGAAUGAGUUUGUUAUGCUCAAAAAGGAUGUGGAUGCAGGUUAUCUGUCCAAGGUGGAUCUCAGCGACAAGUUGUCAGAUAUCACUGAUGAAUUCAACUUCCUCACGGCUCUGUAUGAUGCGGAGCUGAAAGAGCUGCAGGACAGCGUGAAGGAGACCUCUGUGGUGGUACAGAUGGACAACUCCCGUAGCCUGCAAAUGGAUCAGAUUGUAGCUGAAGUUAAGGCUCAGUAUGAGGACAUUGCUGCCCGCAGCCGUGAGGAAGCUGAAAGCUGGCACAAGAGCAAGUUUAACCAGAUGACUGCUCAGGCUGACCAGUAUGGCAAUGAGCUGCGUAGCACCAAGGCAGAAAUAUCUGAGCUCAGCCGAAUGAUCUCCCGCCUGCAGAAUGAGAUCCACACUGCAAAGGCACAUCGUACCACUCUAGAGGACCAGGUAACUGAAGCGGAGCAGCGCGGGGACGGGGCCGUGCAGGAUGCCAAGGUUCGCAUCAGGGACCUGGAGCUGGCUCUGCAGAGGUCCAAACAGGACAUGGCUCGCCAGCUAAGAGAAUACCAGGAGCUCAUGAAUGUCAAGCUGGCCCUGGACAUAGAGAUCUCCACCUAUCAGAAACUGCUGGAGGGAGAGGAGGAAAGGUACGUUGUACUUGAACAGGAUUCUGUUGUCAACAUCCAAACAGUGCCCACCAAAACCGUCUCAGUUAACAACUACCAGCAGCGAAAGUCAGGUCCAGUCCUCAUCAAGACAGUGGAGACUCAUGACAGAUUCAGCUAAAUCCUGUGGCACAACUAAACUGCUGGAUCACCGUGGCCAUUUAACUGUACCUUUACUACCCAUUUCUUUGCAACCUCCAAUAAGCCCACUGCAUCUAUGAGCCAAAUGUGUGUGUUGAUUGUUUAUUUCCCUUCUCUUUGUGUUUGAUGUGACAUUAUUUACCAUUUUCUAUUGUUAAAAUAAAGAUUGAUUCAGCUA